CUUAUUUUUUCGCGGAAAAUUUUCAAUGUUGUAAGCGACUAAACGAAAGCAAAAAAAAAAUGAAUCGCCAAAAUUUAGAACGGUUGAAACAAGAACAGGAAAUAGCGUUAGAAGAAACGACGGCAAACAUUAAGCAGUGGGAGAAAUUUAGAACAGAUUACAAAGCAUUAAAAUCUAGACUGAAGACAUUACCAGACAAAGUAACUCAUGAUGUUAUGGUUCCAUUUGGUCCUCUGGCUUUCAUGCCUGGAAAGUUAGUCCAUACCAAUGAAAUUCUUGUCCUUCUAGGAGACAAUUGGUUUGUUGAAAGAUCAGCAAAACAAGCAUGUGGAAUUAUUGACAGAAGAGCCAAAUCAAUUCACAAGGAGAUAGAAAAUUUACAGAAACAAAAGGAGUUACUUCAGCCAAGACUUGAUGCUGUCAAAGGACAAUUUUCAAAGGAAACAGAUACAUUUGAUAUAGUUGAGGAAUACAAUGAAGAAAAAGAAGAAAAGUGGAAAGCACAACAUAAGAAAAAUGUCAAGGAUUACAAAAAAAGUGUUAAAGAGAAGACAGAUGAAUCUUCAGAAAUAGUCACGCCUAUGACAGAUAAAGAAUUAUGGGAUAGACUAGAUGAGUUAGAGAGAAUAGAAUCAGAGAGAAGAGAAAUGCACAAGGUAACAAGUGAUGAAAUACUAUUACACAAAAGUUAUGAUAGUGAUGAUAGCAUUCUCAGUAUUGACACUGGAAGUGGAUCAGAUUCCAGUGAUAACGACACCAAUGACGCACAGGCUCAGGAAUCGUCAUCAGAAAUUGCAGAAUCAGAUGAUGAAGGAAGUGAACCAGUAUCCACGACAAAAAUAAUCAAGUUUACACAUACCUCAACAAAACAGACUGCUUCUCGAGUGGAUAAUACAGAUGAUGAUGAUGAUGACACUGAGACAAAUGAGAUUGAUAUAAAAUCUCCAGCCGACAUAUACUCCCAGUUCUAUCCUACAUCAGGACCAAGGUCUAUACUUAAGGAUGAUGGCGAGAAACUUAAAACAAAGAAAAAUGUGAGAUUGAUGCCCAAUGAUACUAAAGAUGCAGUACCUGUUCCUGUGGCGUUUUCAGAUUCUGUUGUUGAGCGGUCAACUCAAAUGACAUCUUCCAGUAACACUGAUGUUGGAAUCUCGCAAGACAAACCAGCAAGAAUGUCAAGGUUUAAAGCCAGACAACAAGGUUUAGAUCAAACAUAACAGUCACAGAACAUCAUUUUUAUAUUAAAAUAAAAUAAAAUAACAUUUUA